AAAGCCAAUACUCGCAGUAACGUGAAUUAGCAGCAUUAUUUACCGGGCACGCGCAUUUCCUGGACACCCGCCGUGUCUGUACACCGUAGUUCCGUGGUUUCAUUGAGACAUGUACAGACAAGCCAUAUAGGCAUUGCUCUGUGGAGUGAGCCUCCCCUAUUUUGGAAGUGGUACAUUCUUCCUCCAGCUGACCGGCCUGGAAUCACGGUUAGGAUCCUCGGACCGGUCGUCACCGGAGUGUCCUCUCUCCCCGGUGCAUUGUAAUAGAGGGCCCCGGACAGGCGUGGGGAUUCCCGCAGCAGAGUGCAGUCCCGGGAUUUGUGUGGGAGUGAGAGGCCCAGGCCCGCAGUCAGCACACGGCUCUCCUCAGGCCUUCUGCCCGGAUUUAAGGUUCAGCCCCCCUGGACCGUCAGGCUUCCCCAGGAUACACAGCUCAGUUCCGCGGACCUUCUACCCCUCAGCCAUGGGAGACGCUGGCAGUGAGCGCAGUAACCCACCCAGCCUGCCCCCGCGCUGCCCCUGCGGAUUCUGGGGAGACACUGAUGGUGAAAAUAAAUACAGGUCCAGUAAGACGAUGAACCUUUGUUCUAAAUGUUUUGCUGAUUUCCAAAAGAAGCAGCCAGAUGAGGACUCCUCCCCCAGCACAAGCAGCAGCCAAUCAGAUAUGUUCCCCAGUGAGACAAAUAGUGACAACGAAAAUACCUCGAUACCCACGCCGACUGUUACCCCUACGCAACCCAUCCUGACAGACCUGAAUGUAGCUUCUCCCAGCAAAGAGGAAUGUGGGCCCUGCACAGAUACAGCUCACGUCUCACUAACCACACCAACCAAAAGAUCCUGCGACUCAGAUUCUCAGUCAGAGGACGAUGUCUCACCCAUGAAACGACCUCGGCUACUAGACAGCGGGGACAGUAGCAGCCGAUCCAAACAGAAGAGCCGUCGCCGCUGCUUCCGCUGCCAAAUAAAACUGGAGCUAGUACAGCAAGAACUGGGAUCAUGUCGCUGCGGUUACGUGUUCUGUAUGUUACACCGUCUCCCUGAACAGCACGACUGCACGUUUGACCACAUGGGCCGUGGUCGCGAGGAGGCUAUUAUGAAAAUGGUGAAACUAGACCGGAAAGUUGGCAGGUCCUGCCAGCGCAUUGGCGAGGGCUGCUCCUGAGUACCACAAUCUCCUACCAAAUGCCGUUUCUCUUAGUUCACUAAUGUUAGCCUUAUUUAGGACAAAGUCAACCAGACUCUCACUACUGGGCAACUCUCAGACUACAGCCAAUCAGGUUUUGUUUUUUUCUGAAGACGUUCAGGUACUUUAAAUAAAUAAAUAAAUAAAUAAAUAAGGCUGGUAGUGGAUGACUGUUGGCCAAGCAGUACAUGGCUAUUAGCUGUUGUCAAAAGAACACCAGAAACAUAUUUUGGAGUAAUUUAAUUUUGUAUAUGUUUUUUUCUGUUUCACUGCAAAAUAUGAAAUUCCAAUAUCCAUGUGGUUAUGUAAUUAUAUCCUCACUUUCACUCCUUGUUUGAUGUAGCCCAAACCAAUAAAUUAUUCAAAUAAAAGGCUCUGUUGCAGAAUCUUUUCACCCCAAAGAUCAUUUAAGUUUUUGUUUUUUCCUCUCAGUUGCUGGUGCCGAUUUUGAUAAUCAAGUGUGUCAAAGUAGGAGCUAUCUCAAUAGUAUCAUGGUUUUAAUUGGAAAGAGCACCUUCCCAGUUUCUAAUCAGGUUUUUUUUUUUUUAAUUGUAUUAAAAAAAAUGUAUCUAAUUAGUAUUUGCAUCACUUCAAUUUUUUAUACGCACCUUAGCUAAUAGCAGUGCUCAUAUCACCUAAUCCCACCAGCCUUAACCUGAUUGGCUUUUGUUUGCAAUUUGCUGGGUGAUGGUCUUUCUAGUCAAAUAAGGCUAAGUUACAGCACAGUAGCCACGGCUGGAUUCUACGGACCGACUUUCUGUAGCUAAACAUAUAUUUGGGGGAAAAGGACUUUUUUGUAGCAAACUGAGCUCAGUAACAGUAUUGAGGAACAACCAGGGAAAGCUCCAAUUUUCAACUUGAUUUCUGUAACCUCCAAAGUGUUUCCUAGUCUGUCAAAAAAGGGCUACUCAGCCUUGUUUCUAUGCAGCCGAGGGGGGAGGGAGAUUUGAUAGAGGUUCAUACUAUCUACUUAUGAGUGUUUGGAACACAAUGGCUGAAACAUGCAGUGAUCCCAGAUCAUGUAAAGCAAAAGCAGAAAUCUUUUAUAUAGCCCAGGAUACCUCCUCGUGUUGGGUUAUUUAACUGGGGAAUAUAGGAGAAGAUUUUAUCAGUAAAUUACAGGGGAUAUUUUAUAUAGGACAUGCAUUAAAUAGUUCCUUAAGGAGUACAGUGUAUUUAUGUGUCACUUCCAUUACAGUAGCGAUCAUCCUGUCCGUUGUCGUAAAAGUCUCAUUGGAGUUUGUUUAGAUCUAAUACUAUUACACAAAGAAACUACUCAGUUCCCAUCAUCCAAUCACAGCACUUUAAACAAGCAGAAAGGUAGUUACUGAUUCUUUUUAUCUGAAAUCUUUGUAAAAACAAAAUGUUACUCUUUACCAAAUGGAUACACAACAAACCGAUAUACAUUUUUAUUAGCUGAAUGGUUUGAGCAACUAAACAAGGCUUUGUUUUAAUGGCACAAAGCCUUCUCUUUGUUUUAUAGUGGAAAUCUCAGAAAUAUUGCACCCAUGCCGUUAACAGUGGUCCAAGGACCAACUUUCAUUGGUCAUUACACACAAACACAAAGACCUUAAUCAUGUAAAAUAUGUCAACAAGUAGAUAAUGUUCAAUGUUCUCCAUUAUUGAGAGGAUGUUGCAACCAAAAUGUGUCACCUGAUUAGCAUUGUAUUCUGUGCUACUGUAAAUGUAUUAAACAAAUGUCUAGCCUGUAGUUUUUUUUUUCAGGAAUUCCAUUAAGAGCAAAAGAAAGUCUAGGUAUUAUCUUUAAUUGCCCAUUUUUCAAAUUCCACAAUGUGCAGCGUAGGUUACAGUUAUCUCUGUCCAUGAAAACCUAACACAAAGACAAACUUUGAAUUAAUAAUAAAUGACUGUUACUCAUUUUCCAUUAUGGUGAACUUGCAAAUAGUUAAAAGUUGACUAGAGAAAAGCAAGAUUCUGAAUGUAUUUGUGAGAUACGAACAGUUUGCAAAUCACUGGGGGUUGUUCCUUUGCAGUAUCUGUUCUGUGAAGUUUGUUAAACAUUUGGAAACAUUUAAGUUCUUGUAUCUUAAAAGAAUCAAAAUCUUAUUUAACCAUUUUGUGUUCUAGAUUUACUUAACACAUUUAGCCUAGAUAUGUUUUAGUUUAAAAUUGUACAAAUUAAAAAAAAAGAAUCUUGUAACUUUAUUCCUUCCCCCUCCUUCCUGCUGAAAAAGAAACAUUAAACCAAUCAGAAUAAA